UGCUUACCACCAUUACAUUUCCACAUAUCAACUAUAUACACCUACUUAGCUACUACUCUACUUCCGAGGGGUCUCAUUCUCAUCAAACGAAAACUCCAGUAAUGGAAAAAUCCAAACACAUUCUGAUUUCGCUUUUGAUAAUCUUUGCACCUUUCAUACGUGCAUCAAACUCAAGCUCAAUCAUCAAGAGACUUCCAGGUUUUGAUGGUGAUCUUCCUUUCAAACUGGAAACCGGAUACAUUGGAGUUGGAAAAGAUGAAGCAGUGCAGAUCUUUUACUACUUCGUUGAGUCCGAAAGAAACCCCUCCGAAGACCCUUUUCUUCUUUACCUCACUGGUGGGCCCGGCACUUCGGUACUUUAUUCCAUGAUGUAUCAAAUAGGUCCACUUAAUUUCAAUUUGGAAACUUCAACGGAUGAUAACAUUACAUUGACAUUAAAUCCAUAUCCAUGGAAUAAGGUUGCUAAUAUGUUAUUCAUAGAUGCACCAGCGGGAGCAGGGUUCUCAUAUUCUACAACAUACGAAGGAACGAUUUGCAGUGAUUCCCUUCUAGCUUCAUAUGCUUAUGAUUUUCUACGAAAGUGGUUUACGGAUCAUCCUAGUUUUUUGAGCAAUCCGUUCUACGUAUCGGGGAUUUCAUACAUGGGGAUUAUCAUACCAAAUGUUGCUUUGCAUGUAUAUAAUGGCAAUGAACGUGGAAAUCAACCACAACUCAAUAUUAAAGGGGUCAUUAGUGUUUCUCCAUUAACUGAUAAAUUCAGUGAUUUUAAUUCAAGAUUUGAGUUUGCUCAUCGGCUAUCAUUAAUAUCAGACGAUAUUUAUGAGUCUACAACACAAACAUGUAAGGGUAACUAUGUAAUCAAUGAUUUACACAACAUCCUUUGUGCAAAUAAUCUCCAAUGGGUGAAUGAGUGCACAAGCAGGAUUAACUUAGAGAAUAUAUUGGAUCCGUUGUGUGACACAACAUAUCAAGACCCAACUUGCAGAGAAGCUAGGUAUCUACUCAUUGGGAUAUGGGCAAAUCAAAAAGACGUUCAGAAAGCUCUCAAUGUUCGUGAGGGAACAAUAGAAAAAUGGGUGAUUAAAAAUGAGAGUCUUCAUUAUGAUUUAGGGAAAAAGGACACAACAUGUUACUCUUACGAUGUUUUCAGCACAAUCCCCAUCCACAAAAAACUACUUGCCAAGAAAUGCCAAUACUUGAUCAUAUGUGGUGAUCAUGACAUGACAUUUCCACAUGUGGGCACAGAGAGGUGGAUAAGAAGUCUCAAUCUUCCAGUUGAAAAGAAAUGGGCACCAUGGUUUGUUAAUAACCAGAUCGCAGGAUAUCAGAUGACAUAUGCAUUGAGUGAAUACACGUUAAAAUAUGCGACUAUAAAGGGUGCAGGCCAUGGAGUGGCAUUGUACAAGCCUGAAGAAGCUUUGACCAUGGUGGAUGGGUGGCUUGCAUCUCAAAAAUAUUUAAGUGACUCUUAAGAAUAAUAUUUCAUUCAUUAUUAUAUUGCUACUAUCGAUGCUUCAUGAUUUUGUAUUUAAAAGUUUUAUUUCGAAAGUAUUGAAACGAUGUGGUGAUUUUGCAUUUAUAA